GGAGUGGUGGCAAAGAGUGUAAAUAUUUGUCUGGCCAUCUUUCGCCGGGCGAACAGUAGUGAAGUACGCGUUCCCGUUAAAUGAAGCUGUAGCGAGGAUAAAGGGCGACUUAAAAGCGAAACAGAGUGAAAUAAAGGCCGGUGUAACGAAGAUUGAAUUGACGAAAGUGAACGCAAUCAAAAGAGAUGUCGCGAUUAAGUAUUUUGAUCAAUUGUAUCAUCUUGUGCGUUGCCUUUCCAGGCACAUUUUCUAUGCCGAAAAAAAUUGCUGUUCUAAACAUCAACAAAACCGAUAAUAUUCUGAUCGAUGAUACUUCCUGCCCUUGUGAUCGAAAUCCAUUGAAAUUAUAUUGGGAUAAAUUGCACACUCGCAAUGUGACUGUACACGGCGCGGCAUGCGCGUGCGAUCUUGGCGUACACAGGAAGCCUACUCCCGAAGGGUACGUAUACGUGCCUGGAAUCGGUUACCAUCGGUUCUUCACCCUCGGAGAAACAUGGAACUGGGCGCGAAAAAGAUGCAUCGACGAUGGCGCGCAGUUGGCAAUUAUUAAUUCUUUCGAGGAGUCACGAGCAUUGAUGCGCUUGGUUGAAAUAUAUGUCCCGGUUGAAUAUGCCGAUCGUAAUGAUACAAUGUUCCUGGGUCUCCACAAGCUUUACUCGAACAUGGAUUUUACCACGGUACUCGGCGACACGCUGGGGGACACUGGCUUCUACAGUUGGACCACCUUGCCGGGUAAACAGGAGAAAACCGCAGGUGGAGAUAAAAAUUGUGUAGGGAUUCUAAUAUCAAAUGGAUAUAUGGUCACCCUCGACUGCAACAAACGAUACGGGUACUUCUGUGAAAUUCCUGCGAUAACGCCUUUGUAAUCAUUUAUUUAUUCAACCCUUGGCAGUGAUAAUUUAAAGGAACGAUCGAUCCUCGGUGGAAGAAGAUGUUUUGGUUUUUACCUGGAACGUUGAUGAGGCUUUCGCAAAGUUUUAUUGUAAUUUGAAGAAAAUAUCAAGAAAUUUUGGAACCUCUA